GAUGCGCGCGUUUCCUUGCGGCCAACUUCCGACAUUAUACGACGCUGCGCUACGCGAGGUUACUCUUUUCCGGUUUUCUGCCGAAGUCUACUCCGCUUGCUCGAAAUGGCAAAACGCACGAAGAAGGUCGGAAUUACCGGCAAAUAUGGCACCCGUUACGGUGCCUCCCUUAGGAAAAUGGUCAAAAAAAUGGAAAUUACCCAACACAGCAAGUAUACUUGCUCAUUUUGCGGCAAGGAAGCGAUGAAACGCAGCGUCGUAGGCAUCUGGUCCUGCAAACGAUGCAAGAGGACAGUUGCUGGUGGUGCGUGGGUAUAUUCCACAACGGCUGCCGCUUCAGUAAGAUCAGCUGUACGUAGAUUGCGUGAAGUUAAAGAACAGUAAAUAUAUGUAAUAAAUAUCUUUUAAACAAUUUA